GUGGUCACCUUGGAGCGGGCGGGUCGCUUUCGCCCUGGACGCGCUCCAGAAGCUGCGGAGGCCAACAUAGGUCGCCCGAGAGUCCCGUACAAGGGGCCGCCGCCACAGCUACCUGCGUUCUCUCCGAAGCCGACCUUUCCACCCACUGUAUAAUGAAUCCCAAUAUGAAGCAGAAACAAGAGGAGAUCGAGGAGAAUGUAAAGAAUAGUCCCUUCCCAAGAAGAACACUGAAGAUGAUUCAGCCAUCUGCAGCUGGACCUCUUGUUGGAAGAGAAAAUGAGUUGCCUAAAGACUUAUCUAAAAAGAAACACUGGAAUGACCAGUUAACACCUAAGACUUCCAGCUUUAGAAAUGAUACAGUCCCAGAAUCUGAAAAUACAAAUCUUGAAGGAGUCACUCAAGAAGCAUAUGACCUUAUGAUUAAAGAAAACCCAUCCUCUCAAUAUUGGAAGGAAGUGGCAGAAAAACGGAGGAAAGCUCUCCAUGAAGCACUUAAGGAAAAUGAGAAACUUCAUAAAGAAAUUGAACUAAAGGACAAUGAAAUUGCCCGCCUAAAAAAGGAAAAUAAGGAAUUGGCGGAAGUAGCAGAACACGUACAGUAUAUGGCAGAGGUAAUAGAGAGGCUGAGUAAUGAACCUCUAGAGAGCUUUGAAUCACCGGAUAGUCAGGAGUUUGACUCUGAAGAGGAAACUGUUGAGGAUUCUGAAGUGGAGAACUCAGAAGCUGGUACAGGUGUUGAAGAAACUGUAUCUUCCUCUACGGAUGCAAAGCCAUGUAUAUGAAAUUCAUUAAUAUUUGACUCUUGAUAUGUACUGCCAAGGUUUUCUUCCGCUCUUGUUCUUUGUAACAGAGUAUAGAACUACAUAAUGCAAAUGCUACCAUCAAAUUUCCUCAUUUGGAUCCUGGGACACUACUACUGUAUUAAAAUACAAAUAGUAUGUAUUUUUAAUUGAUGUUGUUUUAUGUAAAUAGCAUUUUCCUUUUCUCAGUUGUCAGAAAUGACUUGUUUAUAUGAUUAAAUAAACUUCAUUUCCUUAUUGCUUAUUAUA